AUGCGUAAGAUCAUCAGAAAUCACAGGUUUUCCGGAGGCGAAGAUCCGCCCACAAGAACAUGCCCCUCGAAGGACCUCCUGCCCCCGUCCCCGGAAGAGGAGGAGAGGAAGCCCAAGAAGCAGCGCCUGGCGCAGAGCCCCAACUGCUACUUCACGGGCGUGAAGUGCCCAGGAUGCUACAAAAUCACGACCAUGUUCAGCCACGUGCAGACCGUGGUGCUGUCUGGGGGCUGCUCCACCGUCCUGUGCCAGCCGACAGAAGGACAAGCAAGGCUCACGGAAGGAUGCUCCUUCAGAUGGAAGCAGCACUAA